AUGGAAUCCAAGUUGAGUGGUGAAAGCUACUUGCGCAAAUAUUCAACAGCUACUGUAAAAGUAGUCAAAGAGGAAGUAUUAUCACCUUCAACAUAUGGAGGAAGGCAUUUAGUAACCAUGUUACCAGGUGUUGGUUCUGGUCCUCGAUUAAUGGAAUACGUUAAAGAUAUUUUUAAAGCUGCUUACGUUCCUGUAGAUUUUGAAGUUAUCGAAGUUAAAUCAGAAAACCAUCAGGAGAAAGACGAUAGGAUGAUGGUUUCUUCUCUUCUUCGUAACCGUGUUGGAAUAAAGGGUCAUAUUCCAUCUUUAGCAGAUACCUCAUCAAAUGUAACGUUGCGUUCGCAUUUAGAUCUAUUUGUUUACUUGGUACAUUGUAAAAGUUAUCCAAAUGUAAGAUGUAAAUAUCCCAAUUUAGACAUUUUUUUAUUUAGACAAAAUACAGAAGGAGAAUACGCGAUGUUAGAACAUGAAUUGAAAUAUGGAGUUGUAGAAAGCUUAAAAAUUAUCACACGAAAAAAUACGGAAAGAUUUGCAAGAUGGGCACUAGAGUUUAUAAAACGAGAAAAAAGGAAACGGAUGACAAUUGUUCAUAAAGCCAACAUUAUGAAAUUAUCCGACGGAUUGUUUUUAAAAACUGUAAUGAACGUUGCAAAGCAGUAUCCUGAAGUAAAAGUAGAUCAUUUAAUCGUUGAUAAUUGUUGCAUGCAGAUAGUUUCGAAACCUGAAACAUUCGAUGUUUUAAUAAUGCCUAAUCUCUAUGGUAACGUGAUUACUAAUAUAUUGUGCGGACUUGUAGGAGGUCCGGGUUUAAUUUCUGGACAAAAUUAUGGGGAAUCUAUGGCAGUGUUUGAGGUAGCAUCUAGACUUACAUCUUAUGAAGAUGAAUCCAUUGCAAAUCCAAUUGGCAUGUUAAAUGCAGCUAUUAACAUGUUAUAUUAUUUAAAAAAAAAUAGCCAUGCUGAAUUAAUCAGAAAUGCUAUUAGAAAGACUCUUGUCCUUGAAAGGAUACACACCCCUGAUAUUGGAGGAAAUAAUACUAGCGAUGAAAUGGUUGAAAGUAUAAAAAAACAGAUAGAACGAGAUUUUAUAGAAUCUGCUUUGCCUAUUUUCUAA